AUCAGCUGUGUCCAAUCACAGCUGAUCACAUCAGCGCCACCUGUAGUGUCCAUCAGUGCCAGCUCUCAGUGCUCAUCCAUGCCACCUGCCAGUGCCCAUCAGUGCCACAUCAAUGCCACAUAUCUGUACCCAUCUGAGCUGCCUUUCACUGUCACCCAUCAAUGACAGUCAGUGCCUAUCAAUGUCAGUCAAUGCCACUUAUCAGUGCUGCCAGUGCCCGCCUAUCAGUGCCAGUCAGUGCAAUAUAUGAGUGCUGCCUUUCAGUGCCCAUCAGU